UAUCCUCUUUCUGAAUGAAGACAGUGUCACCAUGGCUCUGUUACGGCUGGCCACAUUGUUGCUUCUUCAUCAAGGAUAUUCUUUGGUUCCAGUGAUCACAGUUGAACUUGGUCAAACUGUCACUUUGACUUGUGCUUUUAAUUUGAAAUAUCAGAACAAAUGGAUUUUCUGGUACAAGCAAAGUCCUGGAGAUACUCUGGAUUUAAUCGUGAUGCAGCAGGGAACGACAAGCCCAAAUUAUGGACCAGCUUUCUCUGCUUCAAAAUUCAGUGUGACCAAAUACAGCAGUCUUACAAUUUUCACAACAGUUCAACAAGAUGAGGGAAUGUAUCACUGUGCUCAAAUGGACGCACUUGACUUUAUGUGGAGUGGGACUUAUGUGUCCAUAAAAGGAAUCUCUAAGAGGACGUCAAACUACACUGUGUUUUCACAGCCAACGUUCUCAGAUGCAACAGGCUCAGAGACUCUGCAGUGUUCGGUUCUCUCUGACUCUGAGAACACAACCUGUUCAGGAGAACCCAGAGUGUUCUGGUUCAGAGCCAGAUCAGAACAGUCUUUUCCUGACAUGAUUUACACUGAAGGAAAAAAAGCUGAAAAUUGUGAGAAGAGAUUUGCCUCUCCAAAGAAAUGUUUUUACAACUUCUCUAAGAAUAUCAGCUCUUCUGAUCUUGGGACUUACUACUGCGCUGUGGCCACAUGUGGACAGAUAAUAUUUGGAAAUGAAAAUAACCAGAGAAACGGUAAAAGAAAUGAAAACAACAUGCUGGUUGUGACAAUAAUCUGUUUGGUCACUUCUGUAAUUGGUAAUAUCGUUUUCAUUUGCUAUCUAAUACGAAGAUCAGCAUGUCAACGAUAUAAAGAAAACUCUUCACAGAAAAGAAACAACUUUAGCCAAGUAGUAAAUGAUACUGAAGUUGGACCUGAUCUGAACUACGCUGCGUUACAUUUCUCUGAAGGGAGAACUUCAAGAGGAAAGAAGAAAGAGUUGAUGACGGAGGAAAGAGUGUAUUCACAGGUUAAAGGAUCAGCUUGAAUAUAUGAAUCAGCCUGUAUAGAAAACCAAUUGUGAGAUGCAAAUGCAUACCGUUACUGACAUACACAAAAAAGUUGUGAAGUAAGACAGGACUCAAUGAAAGACAGAUGUAAUGAAUAAAAUAAAUCAUUUUCAACAUUUUAUGUCAAAUUCAACUACAUAUUGUAAUGUUUGAAAAAUCAAACCUGAUGGCUCGUUGUAUGUAUGUCUUAGAAAUGGAAAAAUAACACUGCUUUAUGUAAAUGGAUCUAUCUGAUUUUCAUAAGUACAACAACACAGACCUCUCUUUACUGUUGAACAGUGAAUGGUGUAUCUUUGAGUUAUGAAGAGUUUCAAACAUCAGUCCAGUGAAGAGCCAGGUUCUCUGUUCCAGAAACCAAUCUUAUUUUAUUUUAUUUUUUUAGAAAUGUUUGUAUCAUCUCCUUAUCAACAGAGAAAAAGAGUCCUCUGAGGAAAAGAGGAAGACAUCAACACACCAAAAGCAAGAUAAAACACAAGAUUAAAGUUUGCAAAAGCACAUGUGAACAAAAA